AUAUAAUAUACCCAGUCAUAUAUCCUUUCCAUCCCGCCCUCUAUUAUCCAAACAACAACGCCUCCCCCAGCUCCUCUCCUACCAUGGCCCCUCACACUUCCACUCCGAUUGCUGCCCAGUCCUGCGCCCGCUUUGCCCCUUCUCCCGUUCGAACUUUGUCCCCUCCCCUUCGGACCUCCAAUGAGUCUGCGACAGCUCCCUCCGAGGCGAGCUGUACUACUCUCCACAUGCCCACGCCCAGGCAGCCGACCUUCCCCGAUUCGCUCCCCGACCCUGCCUUGAUCAGAUCUCUACCUGAGGCAGAAGCCCAUGUGGCAUUGGUACAAGCAGAGCUUGCCAAGUUUCCAUCGUCAUUUCCAUCGUCGGUGGCGAUGGAAACCCAGAUGUCGGCUCUACGGGCGGCCGAUUAUGAUGACGACCACACCUUUGUGAAGGCCGCUAGCUAGCGUUUCCCCCAAAUCCUGAGCGAUCUCGACGCAGUGGCAGGGCUCUACCAGCGGAGCCUGUCCAUCCACAAGACUAGCAUGGCUGUCGAGGCGACUCUCAUAGAGAGAAUGCAGGCUCUUGAGAAGAAGCAGGAGG